AUGGUAGUCUCACACGCUACUCUCUACAAUCGCCUAGUGACCGUUGCGGUCGCUUUCGGAUCUCUUACCUACGGAUACUGUUCUUCAAUCAUCGGCAGCACAAUCGGUCAGCCAGGAUGGUAUGCCUACUUUGAUCUACCUCCAAGCGGCACCCCAGGCUAUGCUACCAAAACUACUUCGACCAUUGCCACCGCCAAUGGUAUAUACAGCGCUGGUGGUGCUAUCGGCUCCCUAUUCAUCAUGUGGGCAGCAUCGGCAUUAGGAAGGAAGCGGUCAAUCCAAAUCGGAGGAUUCUUUGCUCUCUUGGGAGGGGCUCUUCAAGGGGGCGCCGUAAAUAUCGGCAUGUUUCAGGCAGGACGCUUUCUGGCGGGUAUCGGCAUCGGCAUUCUGGUAACAGUGUGUCCUAUGUAUAUGAGCGAGUUGGCGCCACCCGAGAAGCGCGGCUGGCUGGUCGGUCACCACGCCAUUUUCGUUGUCUUCGGCUAUAUGCUUUCAAGCUGGCUUGGAUUUGCAUGCUACUUUGCCACAGCCCAACGCCCAGACUUUGCUUGGCGUUUCCCUCUGUGCAUGCAAUGCUUUGGCCCUUUGGUGUUACUAGCAUCAUCAUUUUGGAUUCCGGAAUCUCCGCGGUGGCUAUUACACAAAGGAAGGCUGGAAGAAGCGUGGAUAGUUGUGUUGAAUCUCAGAAGGUCACCGGAGGACCGGGAAAAUAUGGCAGCCAAAGAGGAACUCUACCAGAUCCGAGCCCAGAUUACACUUGACGCUGCGAAGCUAAAGGCUAUCGGUUGUAGUCCUUGGACAGCCGUGAUCAAGAAAAAGAGCUAUCGGAAAAGAAUGAUUAUUGGGUUUUUGACUCAGUGGGGUGCCGAGUUUGCUGGGCCUCUUAUCAUUAAUAAUUACUCGGUGAUACUAUAUACCAACUUGGGACAAACGGGUUACAUGCCUCUCUUGCUAUCCGCACUCUGGCUCACCACCGCCGGCUUAAUUUACAACCCAUUUGGCGCCUGGUUACAUGAUAAAGUCAAUUCACGACGGUGGAUGUUUAUGGUUGGUCUAUUCGGUUGCCUAAUUACUACCAGCGGGCUUGCGGCUUGUGUAGCCCAGUUCGCAGGCACAUCAAACAAGGCAGGGAAUGCGGCUGGUGUAUUCUUCAUUUUUCUAUAUCUUGCAUUUCAAGGAACCGGGUGUGAUACGACAAUGUAUAUAUACGUUGCUGAGAUUUUCCCUACUGAAAUUCGUCCGAUCGGCAUGGGGUUCUCUCUUUUCGGACAAUUCUCCAGCACUAUUAUCCUUCUUCAAACUGCACCGAUUGGAAUUGUCAAUGUUGGUUGGAAAUACUAUCUUGUCAUUAUUAUCUGGUGUAUCUUCUUUAUCCCGGUCGUGUACUUUUUCUUCCCCGAAACAGCGAAAUUGUCAUUGGAGGAAAUUUCGGCACGCUUCGGUGAUGAUGUUGCAGUCCACGUUACCGACGUCCCAGAAGAUGAGCGCAGAGAACUGGAUGAUUUUUUAAAAGGAAAAGAUAUUGUUCAUCUGGAAGAAUCACAGGAGCCCAAUGGCGGCAUCAUAAAAACUUAG